AUGGGCUGCGGAAGCUCAAAACCCGCCGAGGCGGACAAGGAAGCUCUGUCGCGGAAUGCUCGGAUCGAGCGGGUGAUCAAAAAUGAUAAAAAGAACAUGGAUCGAACUAUCAAAAUUCUGCUACUAGGUGCUGGGGAAUCGGGCAAGUCAACCAUCAUCAAACAAAUGCGCAUUAUCCACAGUGGAGGUUUCCCCGAGGAAGAACGCUACCAAACGCGCGCGGUCAUCUUCUCCAAUCUGGUCGUUGCCUUUAAAGUACUGCUUGACAUCAUGGCGUCAGAAGGCAUUUCUUUUGAGCAUUCGGGCACGAAGGCCUCUGCGGAUCUGUUGGAAGGAACUGAACCAGACGUGGGCGCAGAUGAAGCUUUUUCAAACCUCAAGGUCCGCGACGCGAUGCGAAACAUGUGGAACGACUCGGGCGUCCAGAAGGCUGUCGCGCGUGGACACGAAUUCGCUCUUCACGACAACCUUUACUAUUAUUACGAAUCACUAGAUCGUAUCUUCAAGCCAAAUUGGCUUCCAGACAAUCAGGACAUGCUGCAGGCCCGUCUUCGGACGACGGGUAUCACAGAAACUUUGUUCGAAUUAGGCCAGAUGAACUUCCGCAUGAUGGAUGUGGGAGGACAAAGAUCGGAACGAAAGAAAUGGAUUCACUGCUUUGAAGGUGUGCAAUGUUUGCUUUUCAUGGUCGCCCUGUCAGGAUACGACCAAUGCCUGGUCGAAGAUCAGAAUGCGAAUCAAAUGCAUGAAGCAAUGAUGUUGUUCGAGUCACUCGUCAACGGCGAGUGGUUUAAGCGCAAGCCUAUCAUCCUCUUUUUGAACAAGAUGGAUCUGUUCCGAGGCAAACUCGAUAUUUCCUCGAUCUCAAAGCACUUUCCCGAUUAUACCGGCUCAGACACGGACUUCGAUGCCGCCGUGCGAUACUUUUCUGAUCGAUUCCGUGGCAUCAAUCGGAUACCUGAUCGUGAAAUUUAUAUCCAUCACACCAACGCCACUGAUACCACCCUGCUCAAGGCCACAAUGGAUUCAGUGCAAGACAUGAUCAUCCAAAAGAACCUGCACACGCUUAUCCUGUGA